AUGUCAGACGAAGACCCUUCAGAUAAAUCUCCAUCACAACAACCAUCAAUAAUUGAAACGCAACGAGAUCCAAUGAAUGAUAAUGAUACACAGGAAAAGUCAGCUACUAGUCAAAACGAAAAGGAUGAUGAGGACUUUAAAGUAGAUAAAUCGGAUCUAAAUGACGGUAGUAAUAGUGAUGACAGUAAUGAAAAUGAACUGAAUCAAGAUGGAGGUGAAGAGCAUAAAAAAACCUCCACCCAGGAUGAAAAUAAUACUGAAUCAAGCGUAACUAAGGAUAAUAUAGAGAAGAAAGAUAAUGAAAAAGAUGAAGACGAAGAAGAAGACGAAGAAGACGAAGAAGAAGAAGAUAUUGAGACUGAGAAUUCCCCGGAGAUUGAAGAAGAUGAACAUGAUGAAGAAUACUGGAAAGAAAGAAAAUCUAGGUAUAUCCUCUCGGUAGAUCCAAAAAUUGCGAAACAAAAGGAUUCUAGUGAUACUUAUAAAAGAUUUCAAUAUCUUUUAUCAUUAACUGACCUAUUUCGCUAUUUUAUUGGCAUGAGAGCUAAACACGAUAAAACUAUGAAGAAAUUACUUAAAUCGAUAGAUAAUACUAAUAAUGCGAGCUCAGGGACUCAUGGAAACUCAAAUCAAAAUAAGGAUCAUGGAUCGAGACAUCAUAGGAAAUCAGAAAAGGAGGAAGAUGCCGAAUUAAUGCGUGAGGAAGAAGGAGAUGAUGAGAAUAAUUACGAUGAAGAGGAUUUUGUAACCGAAUCUCCUUCGUUCGUUAAAUCAGGUACCCUGAGGGACUAUCAAAUACAGGGUCUGAACUGGUUAAUCUCAUUGCAUGAAAAUAAAUUAUCAGGUAUUUUAGCUGAUGAAAUGGGUCUUGGGAAAACAUUACAGACAAUCUCUUUUCUUGGAUACUUAAGAUACGUGAAGAAAAUAGAUGGGCCAUUCUUAGUUAUCGUACCAAAAUCAACCUUAGAUAAUUGGAGAAGAGAAUUCAAUAAAUGGACUCCAGACGUUAAUGUACUGAUAUUGCAUGGUGAUAAAGAAAAGAGACAUAACAUUCUACAAAAUAAAGUGUUACAAGCAAGAUUUGAUGUUUUGGUUACUUCUUAUGAGAUGAUUAUCAGAGAAAAAAAUGUGCUGAAGAAGGUGGCAUGGCAAUAUCUUAUUAUAGAUGAAGCACACCGUAUUAAAAAUGAGCAAAGUUCUCUAUCUCAAAUUAUUCGGUUAUUUUAUUCCAAGAGUAGGUUAUUGAUUACUGGUACUCCAUUACAAAAUAAUCUUCAUGAACUAUGGGCUUUACUAAACUUCCUGUUGCCAGAUGUCUUUGGUGAUUCGGAAGUUUUUGAUGAAUGGUUUGAACAAAAUAAUUCAGAUCAAGACCAAGAAGUGGUCGUUCAACAACUGCAUGCUGUGUUAAAUCCAUUCUUAUUAAGAAGAAUAAAAGCAGAUGUCGAGAAAUCUCUUUUACCAAAAAUUGAAACCAAUGUUUACGUGGGUAUGACAGAUAUGCAAAUUAAGUGGUAUAAAUCUUUGCUCGAAAAGGAUAUUGAUGCUGUUAAUGGUGCAGUUGGAAAAAGAGAAGGUAAAACACGUUUAUUAAACAUUGUAAUGCAAUUGAGAAAAUGUUGUAACCAUCCUUAUCUAUUUGAAGGUGCUGAACCAGGGCCACCAUAUACUACAGAUGAACAUUUGGUUUUCAAUUCGGGCAAGAUGAUUGUAUUAGAUAAACUUUUAAAACGUUUAAAAGAAAAGGGAUCCCGUGUACUAAUAUUUAGUCAAAUGUCGAGACUUCUGGAUAUUUUAGAAGAUUACUGCUUCUUUAGAGAGUACGAAUAUUGCAGGAUUGAUGGGUCUACAUCCCAUGAAGAACGUAUCGAGGCAAUCGAUGAUUAUAACAGUCCUGAUUCCAAUAAAUUUGUAUUUCUAUUGACUACUCGUGCAGGUGGUUUAGGUAUUAAUUUGGUUACAGCAGACACUGUUGUUUUGUUUGAUUCUGACUGGAACCCUCAAGCAGAUUUACAGGCCAUGGAUAGAGCUCAUAGAAUUGGUCAAAAAAAACAAGUACAUGUGUACAGAUUUGUUACAGAAAAUGCAAUUGAAGAGAAAGUCAUUGAACGUGCGGCUCAGAAACUAAGAUUAGAUCAAUUGGUCAUUCAGCAAGGUACUGGUAAGAAGACUGCCAAUAUAGGUAACUCCAAGGAUGAUCUAUUGGAUAUGAUUCAAUAUGGUGCAAAAGAUAUGUUCGAUAACGGCACAAAAAAGAUAACAGUUGAUGAUGAUAUAGAUGAGAUAUUGAAAAAGGGUGAAGAGAGAACCCAACAGUUGAAUGCAAAAUUUCAAUCUUUAGGUUUGGAUGACUUACAAAAAUAUAAUGGUAUUGAGAACCAGUCAGCUUAUGAGUGGAAUGGUAAGAAUUUUCAAAAGAAAGAUAAGGACAAAGUUGUCGCAUGGAUUAAUCCUUCAAGAAGGGAAAGAAGAAGGGAACAACAGACGUACUCAGUUGAUGAUUAUUACAAAGAAAUAAUUGGGGGAUCAUCUAAGUCCUCUAAAGGUACACCACAGCCCAGAAUGCCUCGUGCCCCAAAAAUAGUUCAUGGUCAAGACUACCAAUUCUAUCCAAAACGUGUAGAUGAAUUACAGGAAAAAGAGCAACUUUAUUUUAAGAAAAAGGUCCAUUACAAGGUUACGUCUUAUGAUGUUAAAAGAAAUGAAGAAGAUGUAGAGAAUGAUGGUAGUUCAAAAAAAAAGAAAAAAAGAACCAGAAAAUCAGACGAUUCGGAUGAUGAUGAAUCAGAGGAUGAUUCUUCUAACGAUAAUGACGAUAAUGAAGAGGUUGAUGAUGCCAUGGCUGCUAAGAUAAAGGAAGAACAGGAUAAAAUUGAUAAUGCAGAAGAGUAUACAGACGAAGAUGAGACGGAAAAACAAGAAUUGAUUUUGCAAGCAUAUAACAACUGGACCAAAAGAGAUUUCCUGGCAUUUAUCAGUGCAUGUGCCAAAUAUGGUAGGACUGAUAUGAAAAAUAUUAAAGAAUCUAUAGAUUCGAAGACACCUGAGGAGGUUGAAGAAUAUGCAGCCGUGUUUUGGGAAAGGUAUACCGACAUUGCUGGUUAUGAAAGAUAUUUAACCACUAUUGAAAAUGGAGAGAGGAAAUUUGAAAGAUUGAGAUAUCAGGAAAACAUAUUGAAAAUGAAAGUACAGCAAUAUGAGUAUCCGCAACAAGAAAUGAUAAUUUCUUAUGCGCCAAAUAAUGCUAGAAAAGUGUACAACUCCAUGGAAGAUAAAUUCAUCCUUAUCGCUAUCAGUAAGAUUGGUCUAUUGGAUUCUAAACUGUAUGAUAAGGUUAAGCAAGCUGUAGUCAUGAGCGAUUUGUUUACUUUUGAUUGGUUUAUGAGGACCAGAACUGUUCAUGAAUUAUCUAAAAGAGCUCAUACCUUGCUCGGGCUACUUGUAAGAGAAUAUGAAGGCCAAGAUGGUAUGAGGAAAAGAAAAGGAAGGACUAACAGGGAAGACUCGAACACACCUAGUGUCGCACCUACGCCAAGUACAAGCGUGCAUCCUGAAUUUAUCAGAGAAGACGUGAGCGUAAACAAUAUUCCAUUAACCCACAAUAGUUCUGUCCCUGAGAAAAAGAAUACCAUUAUCGCAGAGAAUGUAAUUGUUGAAACACCUACUACCAUACAUACGGCCGGUAUUAGUUCGACAGAGACUCCACCUGCUGCACAACCACAAAACACGGAAUCAACUAAAAAUUCCGAUGAUGCACUUAGUGAACCACAUCCUGAAAUAGUGGAACACCAGGACAAAAAACAAAAAUUUGAAUAG